AUGCUUCAGAUAUUAUUCCUACUUUACUUUACUGUGGCUGCUAUCGCCAAAAGCGCAGUUGAAGUACUUCAAUUCGACAAUUUCGGAUACUCCGGAGCUUAUUCGCGAGUCAGUAAGCUCAGUGACAUCUACAAAGAUUCGUGUUCGUGUGAAGUAGAUUCCACGCAAGUGACUUUUUCCGGUGUCAAUAGUCCCUUGAAUGAAGAGGUCAGUGUUCAUUUCAGAGGCCCAUUGAUUUUGAACAAGUUCGGAUCAUACGUUUCAAAUGGGUUUACACUUGGGGAUGACUCGUCAGGAGAUUGGAAUAGACUUAGUUAUUAUGAAGCUUCUAGCGGAACUUCGGAAAAUGUCACAUUUUUAACUCGUGCUGGUAAGAAUUCGUCGUGCUUGGGUUACGGAUUGACUUAUGCUAGUGACAACGGUACUGGUGCUGCAGACUCGACCACCGUUUUGGCCGAAAACUCGUUAAUCAACUCCAAUGACGAGUAUGUCAUAUUCUCCAACAUUAGUUGUGGCUCCUCGGGGUUGAACAAUGAUUGUGGUGUUUAUAGAUCAGAUAUACCUGCUUACCAUGGCUUUUAUGGAACCACCAAGAUGUUUUUAUUCGAAUUCAAGAUGCCUAAUGAAACAAAGACGUCAACCUCGAUUUCCAACUAUAACAUGCCGGCAAUUUGGUUGUUGAAUGCGCAAAUUCCAAGAACUGCUCAAUACUCAUCCAACGUCAAUUGUUCAUGCUGGAGAAGUGGAUGUGGUGAAUUUGACAUUUUCGAAGUGAUGAAUUCUACUGAUUAUACUCAUUUGUACUCCACCGUCCAUGACUACCAAGGUACUGGCGAUAUUGAAACCGGGAUGGCAAUCAGCUCAUACAUCGAACGUGACUUGACGGGAACAAUGGUUGGUGGUGUUGUUUUUGAUGCUAAUGGAGAUGUCACUGUGUGGGUCAGUAACUCAACCUCCUUUGAUGAAACUGUUUCGGCAUCAGAUGUAAACCAAUGGGCAAACAAGGAAGCUUCUGCUGCUACUACUACUUUAAGCUCCGUGUCAUUGGCACUGACCACAGCCUCAGGUAGCUCAAGUAGUAAGAAAGGCGAGGCCCAAGCUUACAAACCGUCCAUGUUGUUCAACUUGCUUGCUGCAAUUUUAGUAUAUUUCAUUUAA